AUGCUACACGGACUAGCAACCCACCUCAUCCUACUGGCCAGCUCGGCCGCAGUCUUCGCCCACCCAGGCGCCGACGUCCGCACCGAGUUUCUCGAGCGCCAGGAGCACCUCAACAACCCCGCGCGCCGCACUUUAUCUGAGUGCCAUGCCCGUCUCGAGGCCAGAGGUCACUAUGCCGCCGAGCUGGAGCGCCGCAUGACCAAGAUCAAUGGCUUGCGCUCCGAGAGAGGGUUGCAGGCCGUUCCAGGGGCCAUGCAGAAGAGGCAGGGCAGUGCCAGGGCUGGAUGUGUGCUCGAUCCUGAGGUUACUGAGGGGCCAUUCUGGGUUCAGGGCGAGGUCAUCCGGCCCGACAUACGCGAGGAAAGCCCCGGCGUGGUGCUGCACCUCGACAUUAACGUCAUCGAUGUGACGACUUGCGAGCCGAUUCCAGAUGCCUAUGUCGAACUGUGGGGAUGCAACUCUACUGGCGUAUACACGGGCGUCAUUGCAACAGGCAACGGUGUUGGGCUGGACGCCCCAGAGGAGAUCAACAAUUCCGCUCUUCGAGGCGUGCAGCCCACCGAUGCCGAUGGAACCGCCAGCUUUGUGACGGUGGUGCCUGGCCACUACGUCGGACGGACCAAUCACCUGCAUACCAUUGUCCACCACGGAGCCACCAAACUCUCCAACGACACCAUCCAGGGCGGCACCAUCUCGCACGUCGGCCAGUUCUACUUUGACGACGUCAACAUCGAGGCCGUCGAGCGCGAAAGCCCCUACAGCACCAACACGCAGGCCUGGACCCGGAACGCCGACGAUUUCUUGCUGAGACAGGGGCAGGCCGGCGGCGACAACCCCUUCAUCGAGCUGACGCUGCUGGGCGGCAGCAUGGCGGACGGCCUGCACGGCGUCAUUGACGUCGGGGUCGACCCCAGCGCGAAGCAGGAUCCGAAGCCCGUCAAUUUCUGGACUGCGGAUGGUGGCAAGCCCGUUGAGGGGUCGCCGUGGGCUGGGUAUCCGUGGACGGGCAGGCUGAUGGCUUUAUUGAGGAGGUGGGUGUAGUGAGAUGUGCAUGGCAAGAGUCACUCGGUGUGACGGCCGAUCUGGA